CCUGAAGUGGCACAUGGAAACGAUACAGUAAAUCGGUCCAGUUCAAUAUGGCGAAGCUAAUGGUGCGUUUUCUCGAACACUUAAACUUUAACUAAUAACUUGUAACAUUUCUGGACAGUUUCCCUGAAUCGAAUGCAAACUUUUUCUACAAAGCUCAUGACUCGUUUCUGAAGGUAUCGCAACUGUCACAUCCAUGCUGACAAGAACUGCAGCACUGAAGUGAAUGCGAUAACCACCAGAGCCGCGAAGGUAAACCGUAGCCUUGGAACAUUGGAGCGUAGGCGUGCAGCAGCCACCUGAGUGGAAACGGCGUUAGCCUGUGUAGACUAACAAAACAAUCAUCAAACGGGGAGCAGAGAGAGACGAAGAGGUUUCCAGAAAGUGAAAUGGGAUUUUGAGCUGAGUCCACAACACAACACAUAGCAAUAUCUGGAGUGAUAGUAUUUCAACAGAAGACGGGACCGUAUAGAAUGGCAGCCUCAAGUAACUCAAGUUCAUCAGGUUCGUCGAUAUCCUCUGAUGCUGAAGAUUAUCAGCCACCAAUAUGGAAGUCAUACCUGUACCAGUUACAGCAAGAAGCCCCACGCCCCAAAAGGAUCAUUUGCCCCCAGGAGGUUGUGAACAGGCCGAAGUACUAUGGAAGGGAGUUUCACGGGAUGAUUUCUCGAGAGCAAGCUGAUGAGCUCCUCGGGGGUGCUGAAGGAGCCUAUCUCAUUCGAGAGAGCCAGCGGCAGCCUGGGUCCUACACCCUGGCUUUGAGGUUUGGCUAUCAGACUUUAAACUACAGACUGUUCUACGAUGGAAAGCACUUUGUGGGUGAGAAGAGAUUUGAGUCGAUUCAUGAUCUUGUAACAGACGGUUUCAUCACACUGUACAUAGAAGCGAAAGCCUCAGAGUACAUCGCGAAGAUGACGACUAACCCCAUUUAUGAACAUGUGGGGUAUGCAUCACUUUUGAAAGAAAAGGUGUCGAGAAGAAUUAGUAAAACGAAGAAGGAUUCCAAGAAGGCACUCCUUGUGAGGUUAGACAGCAACUCUGUGGAAAAGAUCACAUCGCUGGUCAGGAGAGCAGCACUGAAGGAAAACGAGAACCAUUUCAACUAUGAGAAGGCUCACAAUUUUAAGGUCCACACGUUCAAAGGUCCUCACUGGUGCGAGUACUGUGCUAACUUCAUGUGGGGACUCAUCGCUCAGGGAGUCAGGUGUUCAGACUGUGGGCUGAAUGUACAUAAACAGUGUUGCAAGUGUGUGCCCAAUGACUGUCAGCCGGACCUGAAGCGGAUCAAGAAAGUGUAUUGCUGUGACCUGACCACCCUGGUAAAGGCACACAACACUCAGAGACCGAUGGUGGUGGACAUGUGCAUUCGGGAAAUAGAAGAAAGAGGUUUGAAAUCCGAAGGGCUAUACAGAGUCUCUGGUUUCACUGAACACAUUGAAGAUGUAAAAAUGGGCUUUGAUCGAGAUGGUGACAAGGCUGACAUCGGUGCAGACACGUACGCAGACAUCAACAUCAUUGCAGGAGCUCUUAAACUGUAUUUCCGGGACUUACCCAUACCAGUUAUUACCUACGAUGCCUAUUCUAAAUUUAUAGAAGGAGCUAAACUUAUUAACCCGGACUCCAGAUUAGAGGCGAUUCAUGAGGCCCUGCUGCUGCUGCCCCCUGCACACUAUGAGACACUCCGGUACCUAGUUACCCAUCUUAAGAAGGUAACUAUGUAUGAAAAGGACAAUUUUAUGAAUUCUGAAAACCUUGGAAUCGUCUUUGGACCAACAUUAAUGCAGCCUCCUGACCAAAACACACUCCUCACCUUGAAUGACAUGAGGUAUCAGAAAUUAAUUGUGCAGCUCUUAAUCGAAAACGAAGAUGUUUUGUUCUGAACAGAUGUGGUGCAUCAAUCGCUGCUGCAGCCUCUUUGGAAAUGAUUGAAUUGAAGAACUGCAAAUGUUUCUCGCUAAAGAUGAUCAGCUGUACUUAAUGUUCUGCUGUUCUGCAGAUGAAUGCAAAUAAUGUUUCUCUGUCUUAUAGACAUAUCUCUGUUUGUAAGGGUCAUGCAAAGCCUUCUGUCCUGUAUCUUUAAAUGUCAGUCACACAAUAGGUUAUACAUUGUGGGCAUUGCUUCUGUUUUUGCACUAAAUCCAUAUUUGUAUCUGCAUCUUUUGUGCUCUGGAUGGAGAGGUGCACACAUAUUUACACAAAAAAAAAAAUGGUAUUUUAGUAAGACACAUAUAUGCAGGGAAAAAUGAAAACCUAAUUGAUUGUGUUGCACACCUCCCACAAUGCUGAGGUCGCAUAUUUCCACAGGGGCUUUAUAUAUGUGACCCUUUUCACAAAGAAUUAAAGUAUAUUCAAAAACUGGUAUGAAUUGAAAUAGUCAACUAUGCAUAACAUUAUUCUAAAUUGAUGUUUUGAACGGCAGCCAAGAAACGGUUAAUGAAUAACGUUUACUUAAGGAACUGAGCGGCUGUUUCUUAAAAUACAUUUGAGGGUGACUCAAGUAUCACGAGGAUAUUGACAGUUUGGAUGAGCAGAUCCAACCGAUCAUUAAAUUGUAAACUCUGUUUCGUGCACCUCAUUGCAAAAAUAAAACAGAGGAACAAAACCAAAAAACAAGACUAAUAGUUGUACUUUUCAGUGUUUAAAGUACGAUUUAUGAGCCAGGUUCUGGACAAUACACAGGGAGUGCUUUUGCCUUUUAUGUAUGCUAUUUCUCUUAAUUUAAUUUAGUUAAAUUAGGUUAUUAAAAUGUUUGAAUGUACUAUGUCGUCAUUCUUUAUAUAUAUGAUACAUACUUUGCACCUAUUGCAUGUUUUGUAUCAGGUUAAAAGUAAACCAAACAUCUUUCCAAAAAAUACAACAACCAAAUAUUGAUAUUAAGAAGGAUUUAUAAAAUGUUCUACCAAACUGAUCCUUGUAGUACCUAGUUUUAUUAGCUUCACUGCCUGCAAUGCAGUAUUAGAGUUACAAGCACUUUCACACUGUGGCUUAUUAUUUACAGUACGACCUUAUCAUUUAAUGGUGUACAUUAUUUACCUGGAAAAACACCCAAACAUAAAUCACAGUAUUGUCCAUAAAUAUGAAAAUCUAUUCCGGUUGUUUGUUCAGCAUUGUACAAUAUUCAGCAAUUCAUCCAUUCAGGUUCAGCUUAUUUAACUGGGUCAACUUAUUUUGUAAAACGUGUAAAAGACGGGUCAUGAAGUGUGAGUACACAGCAAUUUGGCCAGUGUUAAAUACACUCUGUAGCAGUCCAAUCUAACACUUGUUCAGUAUACCUAUGGCUCCACACCCCACAGUGUAAAAGUUACACUUUUGAAAAAUUUAAAAAUAACACUUUCGUAGUGUAAAACAUUUAACGUUAUUGUAAAAUGAGCUACCUACAUGUUCGUAAUUAACCCUGUGAGAGUGACAUUAACACUGCUGUAGUGACAAUGUAACUCAUAUGAGUACACAAUUGUACUCUCUGUAUAUAAACUAUGUACACUCAACAAGUUUAAACUAAUAUCUUCAUAAUUUGUAAUAUAUUGUUUCAUUGCCUCAAAAGUAAAUUACAAUAUUGUAGCAAGCACAGAAAUGAUCUGGAAGAUACACACCAAGGCUUUAUAAAUACAACAUGGUUUAUUUAGGCAACCAACACCAAGUCAGCACCAUUCAAACAUUCAAACACAGUCACAGGCAGCCUUUUCCCCACCCCAGAACUACCCCGUCUCUCAAGGUGACAUUCACACACUACAUAAAACAACAGGUUUCAACAGUUACAGGGUAUGGCAAAAUAACUAAUAGGGGCCCUUACAAUAAUCACAACAUUUAUAACAACAAUAACAACAGUAUUUCCCUUACCCUGUUUCCCACUCCCAAUGUUCUCCUCUUUUAAUUAACAUAUUUGUGGAGGCUAGCUCCAGGCUGGGCACACAGUCAGCCACAUGUGCCCAUUACAAUGUAUUAGCCUACCUUGAACUUCUCCAGCACAGACAGAAGCGGCGCCAUUACAGAAACCACCGACUAAAAUCCCUGAUGUUGAUAUAACUACUCUGGAUUAGUGUGCUUUAUCUUACACUGUGAAACAUACCUUGGUUUAGAUAUGAACACCGCAUGGUGUCAAAUGUGAAAAUUUAACACCUAAAAUCAGCACUGACGGUUAAUACUGGGAUUGGGAUUUCAGUACUGGCCAAUUUGCUGUGUAGAAAUAAAGAGUGAACAACCUAUUAAAGAUGCAGGACAGGGGGCAGUCCAGGCUCUGAAUUCAUAUUUAGCACUUUCCUCCUCUUUUUCUUAAGACUGUAUUAAAUCUGCUUGUAAAACAAGUUGUAUGGUUCAGAUGUCUUGUUUCUGUAUUUAUAUAGGUACUUUAAAAAGAGUAAUAUUGAGUUACAUACUGAAUAGUAUGCGUUUUAAUUUGAAUAUUUGAAUAUUUUUAUUUUAACAGGAUAUUCAUGUGAAAACAUUGUACAAAUACGGUACUGUUAUAUUUCUUGUAGCUUUUUAUAUUCAUGCAGAAAAAUGCAUUUUGCAUAACUGUUUACCUAAGUGGUUAAUAUCAGUAGGUACCUUUUACUUAAUUUACAUUUUCUCUGAAAUGCUUUGGAGAUCAACUGGAAAAGAGCUACUUAGGUUACAAACUGUUCAUUUAAACCUCUUUCUUCUUGUUUGUCACUUACAUUCAAUCUUUUUAUUUGCUGUGAUAAGGUACUUAUUUUCUACAAAAUGUGUGAAAAAAAUUGUAAUAAGAUUUGGAAUUCAGUUUGUAAUUUAUAAAAAAAACAAAAAAAACAAAUGUAAAUACAUUGAUUAAAAGUGUUUAAAGUGC